AUGCUUGUCUUCCGGCUCCUCGUUGUCCUCGGCGUGUCGUGUCUGCUGGGCCUCACUGCGGCACAAGUGCCUCCACAAUGCGGUCUGAUAUGUGCAGGUCAGGCGUCGCAGCAGCCAGCAUUCUCUAACAAGACUCAACCAGAACUUUGUAUGGAUAAGGCGUACGGCGGGCUUGUCAGCGGCUGCGUAAGCCAAGAGUGUUCUGUGGUAGAAUCUCUAUCAUUUCUCAACUUCACGAGAACAGCGUGUGGGCUGCCCGCGGAGGACCACCGUCAUGAGGUUCGCGCGGUCACCCUCGCCAUGUUUGCCCUCGCCACUAUCUUCUUCUUCAUACGGAUGGUCGUCAAGUACCUGAGAUUUACCCCGUGGGGCGCGGACGAUACUUGGUUGGUAAUCGGAUUUACACUUAUGAUCCCCUUAAUAAGUCUCAUCCAAUUCAUGAUCCCACAAGGUCUUGGCCUGGAAAUAUGGGUGCUCCAUGAAGAUCAGAUCACCACUUUCCUCAAGGUUCCUGUCCAGGAGCAUUACAUCCUCAUUAUAGCGAUUAUCAAAGCAUCGAUCCUAGCCUUCUUUCUGAGAAUCUUCCCAGAUGAAAGAUUCAAGAAGGUAAUCUGGUGUACGCUCGUCGUCGACCUAUUAGUGGGCUCCAUGUGCUUCCUUCUCGGCAUCGUACAGAGGGUGCCCACUUGGCUGAUCUGGGAGGGCUGGAAGUCUAAGGAGCCGCGCGGUGUUGUUCUAGACCUGAACAACCUAGGCCUGGCUCACGGUGGGAUGAACGUGGUGCUGGAUGCGUGGAUGCUCGUUCUACCGUUCACGCAGUUGUACAAGCUGAACCACCCGCUCCGCAAAAAGCUCGGAAUCUUCGCCAUGUUCAGUGUCGGCAUAUUCCUCACUGUUGUGGGUGCAAUCAGAGUACAUAACUUGUCAACAUUCGCCACGUCGCAAAACAUCACCAGUAUGAGCACACCCCCCCCCCCCAUUCUUCCAUUUCACGAGCUGGGCUGA